AUGCUAAACGACGAACAUUCGACAGUUUCUACGCCCAGAGGAAGUUCAUCCAAACAAUCAUCUUCCGAUAGAAUAGAAACUCUCUUAUCCGAAUACAAGUUUCGUAUAGAAGCAAUAUUCGAUUAUUCUCCAGCAAGAGAUACCUUUCGUAAAUAUUUAAAGAAAGUUUGUUUAAACGAAGAACCUUUCAUGUUCUACGAAAUGGUCGAAAACUAUCAAAAAACAAGAUUAGACAAGAAUCGUUUAGAAUUGGCAGCUGACAUUAUCAAUCAAUUUAUUGUUGUCAACUCAAAACAUGAAUUAAACAUGUCAAUGGCUAUCAGAAAUGAAAUUCUAAAACAACAUGCUCAAAUCUUGGAAAAGAAUCAAAACCUGCCAAAUUUGGAAUUAUUGACAUGUCCUUCAGAUUUAUUUGCCAAUGCUCAAGAUGUAAUUUUUACAGAAUUGAAACAAGAUAAUUUUCCAAGAUUUGUCAGAUCGAAAGAAUUUAAAAAAUUUAUCAUGAAGGAAUUUAAAAAGAAUGAAACAAUUUUUGAAAUGUUGGGAGAUAAGAAAGAUGAUGAUGUAGUGUCAAUUGAUCCACAUUCAAUGUAUUUGAAAGAACAUAAUGAAACAACUGCUGAUUGUCCACUCAUUGAUACCACUUCAUUCUAUGUAACUCCAAAAGAUUAUGAAUUGGUGAAGGAAAUUAUUUCAACUCUUUCAGAUCCAAUGAAAUGGAAUGUCGUGAGUGAGAAAUCAGGUUCCAAAACACUCGUCUCUACUAAGGCAUUCUAUUUCAAUGAGAAGGAAGGUGCCUAUCCACUAACAUGCAGUACGGGAAUGUACACUGGACAACAUAAGCAAUUUUUCCACGUCAUUUUCUCACCUGCUUUUGAAAAGAACAUGAAAAGAAUAUUUAAAACGAGAUUUCAAUUGGAACAUUUGAAAAUUGAUGCUAGUAAGGGAAUUGAAUUUCCAAAUACUGUAUUUUGGGGAGAAUUGAAUGCACCAAUUAUAAUGAAGAAGAGAGAGCUCGUAGUGGCCAGAACCAUUAUUCCAGAUCAAUACGAUCCAGAAACUGGUCAAUUCAACCGAUAUGUCAUGCUUCAAAAGCCAACCAAUCAUCCAGAAUGUCCAAAAAAGGAUUCAACCAUUCGAUGCUCGCUCUACACUGCAAUCAUUGCUGAAAAGAAAACAGCAGACACGAUGAGAUAUUACAUUUUUGACACAGUUGACUUUAAGGGAAGUGUUCCCAAGUUUGUGAUUAAUAAGGCAAGCAAAUUAUUUGCUGCUGGAAUUAACAAAAUGUUGAGGAGUAUGAUUAAGCAUAAAAUAGACGAAACUCAAUUACUUUCGUGUAAUGGAACUUUGGAAAUUAUGAAAGAACAUGAAAAUUAUUUGAGGGAGAAAUUAACAAAGGAAAUGGAACAUAAUCAAGCAGAUUCGAAUGAGGAACCUAAAGGUGAAUUAUCGACUUCUUCAUUGAAACAGUCAGUGGAAGAUUCGUCCACUCAUGAAAGUCAAAUUCCACCAAACGAAGAAUCCAACAUUCCAGAAAACAAUUUUGAACAAUAA